CGGCUGUAGAUCUUCUACCGAGUCGCUGGCUGCAGAGGUGGGGGAGUGGAGCGGUGGCGACGGAGAGCCAUGGCAGCGGCGGUAGCGCGGACCCGGAUCCUGCAGUUUUCUUCCAAAGUGAAAUCCACCUGGUAUUCAGCAUCUUCCUUCUCUUCUUCAGUGCCAACUGUAAAACUCUUCAUCGAUGGAAAAUUUGUUGAAUCCAAAAGCGACAAAUGGAUUGAUAUCCACAACCCAGCCACAAAUGAGGUAAUUGGUCGCGUCCCCCAGGCCACGAAGGCUGAAAUGGAUGCAGCUGUUGCUUCCUGCAAACGUGCUUUUCCUGCAUGGGCAGAUACUUCAGUAUUAAGCCGUCAGCAGGUCAUGCUCCGCUAUCAACAACUUAUUAAAGACAACUUGAAAGAAAUUGCCAAGUUAAUCACAUUGGAACAAGGAAAGACCUUAGCUGAUGCUGAAGGAGAUGUAUUUCGGGGCCUGCAGGUGGUUGAGCAUGCCUGUAGUGUGACGUCUCUCAUGCUGGGAGAGACCAUGCCAUCCAUCACCAAAGACAUGGACCUUUAUUCUUACCGUCUGCCUCUGGGAGUAUGUGCAGGCAUUGCUCCAUUCAAUUUUCCUGCCAUGAUCCCCCUUUGGAUGUUUCCCGUGGCCAUGGUGUGUGGAAAUACCUUCCUAAUGAAACCAUCAGAGCGAGUACCUGGAGCAACUAUGCUUCUUGCUAAGUUGCUCCAGGAUGCUGGUGUCCCUGAUGGAACACUGAAUAUCAUUCAUGGACAACAUGAAGCUGUAAAUUUUAUUUGUGAUCAUCCGACCAUCAAAGCAAUCAGCUUUGUGGGAUCCAACCAGGCAGGAGAAUACAUCUUCGAGAGAGGAUCAAAACAUGGCAAGAGGGUUCAAGCCAACAUGGGAGCCAAGAACCAUGGGGUAAUCAUGCCAGAUGCCAAUAAGGAAAAUACCCUCAACCAGCUGGUUGGGGCAGCAUUUGGAGCUGCUGGUCAGCGCUGCAUGGCUCUUUCAACAGCAAUCUUUGUGGGAGAAGCUAAAAAGUGGCUGCCAGAACUGGUGGAACGUGCUAAAAACCUGAGAGUCAAUGCAGGAGACCAGCCUGGAGCUGAUCUUGGCCCUCUGAUUACUCCCCAGGCCAAAGAGCGAGUCUGUAAUCUGAUUGAUAGUGGAACCAAGGAGGGUGCUUCCCUCCUUCUUGAUGGACGAAAAAUUAAAGUCAAAGGCUAUGAAAAUGGCAACUUUGUUGGACCAACGAUCAUCUCAAAUGUUAAGCCAAAUAUGACCUGUUAUAAAGAGGAGAUUUUUGGUCCAGUUCUUGUGGUUCUGGAGACAGAAACAUUGGAUGAAGCCAUCAAAAUUGUAAAUGAUAACCCAUAUGGAAAUGGAACAGCCAUCUUCACCACCAAUGGAGCCACUGCUCGGAAAUAUUCCCACCUGGUGGAUGUCGGACAGGUGGGAGUGAAUGUCCCCAUUCCAGUGCCUUUGCCAAUGUUCUCAUUCACUGGCUCUCGAUCUUCCUUCAGGGGAGACACCAAUUUCUAUGGCAAACAGGGCAUCCAAUUCUACACUCAGAUAAAGACCAUCACUUCUCAGUGGAAAGAAGAUGAUGCUACUCUUUCCUCACCCGCUGUAGUCAUGCCUACCAUGGGCCGUUAGAAACGAGUUUGGCGAAGACUCAGUCUAUACUGAAUAGCCUCCCUUUAUUUUUGACCAGCUUCAUGUGCCAACCUUGCUCAGAUCUGAUCCCUGGGAUUGGAAUACAUUAUAACUAUAAUCUUUCUCAGGACUAUCAGUCCCUGCAAAAUUGCUAUAGGGAGAUUCUUUCUUAGUGUGACACUGAAACCAGAUUUUUCACUUGCUCUUCAUACUUCUAUUUUUGAGGUAAUUGUUAUUAUGGCUGUGAAAUGCUUAUCUGGAAAUAAGAACUUAAACAUGUUUUCUAAAAAUU